GUUGGAAUUUCAAUUGGCAGGUUGUUUAAGCAGGUGAAGGCAGGUUGUUCAAUUGGUUUGAUGAAGGCUGGUUCUAGUAUUUCAUUUAGUUGGAAUUUCAAUGAAAACAAAACAUUCAAAAUUACUCUUUACUCAAAGUGGAUUGUAACAUAUGAAACAAGACAUAAUCAUUUUCAAGUUUAUAAACCGAACAUCAAACCGAACACCAAACCGAACCGAACCGAAUUUUUCCCAAACCGAACCGAAACCAAACCGAAAUUCUUUUGGUUUGAGUUUGGUACUAUUUUCCUCAAACCGAAUAAACCGAAACCGAACCGAAACCGAUAAAAACCGAACCGUAAACCGAUUCGCCCACCCCUAGUUCAUUU